AUGUACGUGUGUUCGAUAUUUUUGUUGACAGUUUCUUUUGUUUCCGGUGCACAAUACAGUAGGUGACAGGUGACUUUAAAAGUAAAAAUGACAUCUCUUUUCCAGAUUAUUUAAAGUUUCGGGAGUUCAAUUCGGUUCCAAAAGGGCUCGAAGAAAGUGUCGACAGAAGUUUCCCGAACACGGAGCUCUUCAUAAAAUGGGAAAAUUGGAGCUGUUGCUCUGCGUGCUGCUGUCCUCCGGCAGUCUGCAAACAGUUCGCAACUAGUGAUAACUGGUGACAUCACUGUUCGGAAUCUCUUUAUCGAAUUAAAAUGUUUAGCAAAGUGGUGAAAUCAGUACGAAAUCGGCGUGGAACUUUGAUGGUUCGCAGAAAAGGAGCCACUGGAGACGAUACUUUGGAGGAUUUGUUCAGUAAAGUUGAUGAAGUUAAACUAUCGGAUGCGUUGGAAAUUGAUAAUAUCAAGACUGAUCUGGACAAUUCUAGAAUUUCUCUAGCGAAGAAAUUGAGUAUUCCGACCGAAACUUUAUCCGUUUUUCAAACCGAAGACUGUCAAAACAAUGCACAGAAGACGGACUGCUGGGAGCUGACAAAGUGUCUUUAUGGAAGUUCGAAUGUGAGAGGAAUUUGAUCUGGUAAGAUAGAAAGGAAGCCAAUAUUUCAGAUUUUACCAGAGAAGGAAGUGGCGCUGGUGGAGGAGAGAGAUGUUUGCGAGAAUGCGUCGAUAUUCGUACUCCGCGACGCCUACAACAUUCUCAGUCUGGAACCAGAGAAACUGUACCGCCUUCAGAUAGAUCUGUCCGUCGGAGACGGCAACAUGAUCCAAGCGAACUUCACUUUCAACGGAGAGAAAGUGGAAUCGCUGGAGCACGUCAGGGACUGUGCACAUCAGCCGAAACGCAUUGUCAGUCGCUCUGUGCUCACUUCCACCCGUUUCCUUCGUACUUUUCUUUCCAGUUUCAACACCCAAACGGACAAGACGUGAUAGUGCGACUCACCGAAGAGCAGCUAUCUAAAAACCCAACGAUCGUCGCCGUUAUCAGUUAUCAAAACCCGGCACGCCUCGAAAUUGUCGUCGAUAUUGUGUUGCAGACGAAAAAGAAAGAGUAGGAAUGUGCGUUUCCGUUCCGAAAAUCCAGUUCUGAUUCAGGGAGAGAACGGCCGACAAAGAACAGUGGUUUUCGAUGAUUUUGAUUUCCUCAUUGGGUACUUACAUUCUUUAUUUUCCAUCAAAAUCUCUCAUUUGCAGCCGUCUGCGGUCUGAUCCUACUUGGAUUGUCUCUGUUUUUCCUGCGUUGA